AUGGAAACGGACGUCUUACACAAUGAAUACUUUUCUAGUUACGAGGAUCUGGAGAUACAUAGGCUAAUGUUGGAAGAUGACCCAAGAACCGAUACCUAUAGGAGAGCAAUUUUUGAAAAUAAAUCAUAUUUUAAAGAUAAAAUAGUCAUGGAUGUUGGCUGUGGAACUGGUAUUCUAUCAAUAUUCUGUGCCCAGGCUGGUGCAAAAAAAGUCUAUGCUAUUGAAGCCAGCAAAUUGGCUUUUUUAGCCAGAGAAACAGUUAAAGAGAAUAAUUAUGACAAUAUCAUAGAGGUAAUACACAGCAAAGUAGAGGAUGUUAAUUUACCUGAAGAUAUUAAAGUUGAUGCUAUUGUAUCUGAGUGGAUGGGCUUUUAUUUACUCCAUGAAGGCAUGUUAGACUCAGUCUUCAACGCAAGAGAUAAAUUUCUCAAACCAGAUGGAGAAAUGUUUCCAGAGAGUGCUGUUAUUUAUGUUGCUCCAUGUAGUGUCCCUAACUUAUACAAUAAAUGGAAAGAAUUCCAUGGAGUAUUAUUAUCAACAUUUGCAAAGCAACUCAGAGCAAGUAAAAGCAGUAAACCUGAAAUAAUGCAAAUCCUUAAAGAUGAUCUUCUUGGACCUGAGAUUGCUAUGGCUUGGCUAAAUUUAAGAGAAGACACAGUUAGUGAUUUGGAUUCUUAUAGUAUACAGCAUGUUGUAGGUGCUAGUAGAAAUGGACAAUACCAAGGUAUUUGUGUUUGGUUUGAGUGUAAUUUUCCUCAGAUAACCAGUGAAAACCAGAUUAUUCUAAGUACAGGACCAGGAAGUCCAGUAACACAUUGGAAACAAACAAUAAUACUGUUACCUGAAGAACAAGAUGUUGAAGAACAAGAACCUAUUGCAUUUCAACUAGAUAUGAAUAGAGAUCAAAACAAUUCUAGAAGGUACAAUUUACAGUUAAGUCUUCUAGAUCCUGAAGAAGUAGAGCAUCCUGUUCCUUGUACAUGUUACAUGACCAAAUGCAUUUUAAUAAAGACGGUGAUGCAGCAACACGCAGAACACACAAUUACUCAGAAUGCUGUUGGAAAUUGUAAUGUGUUAGAAGAUGAUAAUAUUGAUGAUGAUGAUGAU